CAAUGGCCAGCUUUCGAUGUCGCGUUCAAUUCGAAGCCAUUAUCAAUUCGGAAACACCCCUCUCUCUCAAUUUCUCAACACGGCUAUAAAUUCAUCUCCGAUCCUCAUUCUUCUCUCCCGCUCUCUAAAAAAAACCCCGACUUUCUCUCUCUAACCUCUAAAUAUUCGGGAUACAAUAUAUAUACACUAUCCUGUUGUGUACGCAGAGGAUCGAAGGUGACUCCGUGGAACAAGUUUGAUCGGCGACGACAAGGAUUUGAAAUGGUUUUUCUUUGCCAAGCAGGCUUUGAAAUAUUAUGUCUGUUGCAACCCAAUGGAUUAGAUGUGAAGAGUUAAAUAAAGACCAACUGAGCUAGAAUCUUCCGGUUAAAGAGAUGCCAGUGGAGUCAAUAGAAAUAGAAGUUGUUUUGGGUUGAGGCCUCUAUUGGUGGUGUCCAAUCUAGAUGGAUUUGGACUGCUUCAAGAAUCAAGUGAUCAUGCAAUCUUUACUAUCCACAGCUGGAUGCUAUGGAGUUCUUCAGUGCUGCUUUAUAGUUAAUAUAUUGGAAUCAUUUAGAUCUACGUGUUUUGAUGAAUCCUCCUUUUGGACUUUGCUGAUUGGAGCUGUUCAACCUUUGUUGGAUAAUGUUCUUGCUGAUUUCCGUUGGUCUGCUGCAGUGCUUUAGGCUCACUGUCAGCUACUAGGUAGUUGUUAGUUUCAUUCAAAAGACUCGAUGGCGGAAAUAGCAAUUGAGCAUUCUGAGGCCCUAUGCUUUGAGCCCAAAACCCCACAAUGUAAUAGUGAAGUGAAUAAUGUAGAGGCAGCUGAGUCAUAUACUCAGCAUUCCCAUGGGGAGUGCAUGCCGACAGAAGAACCAACCAAUGUUGCAAAAACCACAGGCACUGAACUGCUGGAUAGAGGAUACUUGAAAUAUGGGUGUUCCCACUAUCAACGAAGGUGCCGCAUUAGAGCACCCUGUUGCAAUGAAGUUUUUGACUGCCGUCAUUGUCAUAACGAGGCAAAGAAUAACAUCAACAUUAAUCAAAAACUCAGACAUGAUAUCCCACGCCAUCAGGUUCAACAGGUCAUAUGUUCACUCUGCGACACUGAACAAGAGGUUCGGCAAGUUUGCAUCAACUGUGGUGUAUGUAUGGGCAAAUAUUUCUGUGGAACUUGCAAGCUAUUUGACGACGAUACAUCUAAGAAGCAGUAUCAUUGCAAUGGCUGUGGCAUCUGCAGAAUUGGUGGGCGUGAAAAUUUCUUUCAUUGCUACAAAUGCCGAUGCUGCUACUCAGUUCUUUUGAAGAAUAGCCAUCCUUGCGUGGAAGGAGCAAUGCACCAUGACUGCCCUGUUUGCUUUGAGGUAUAUUAUCACCUGACAAAUACCUUUUCUUUCAUGACAGUUGCAGUGACUGAUAUUUUGUAUCUUUUUGAGUCGAGAAAUGAUGUAACUGUAAUGCCUUGUGGACACACCAUUCACAAGAACUGCUUGAAGGAAAUGCAGGAACACUUCCAAUAUGCUUGUCCUCUCUGCUCCAAGUCAGUUUGUGAUAUGUCAAAGGUAUGGGAGAAAUUUGACAUGGAGAUUGCAGCUACACCCAUGCCAGAAUCUUACCACAAUAAGAUGAUUUGGAUCCUGUGCAAUGAUUGUGGCACCACUUCCGAAGUCCAGUUCCAUAUUUUGGCCCAGAAAUGUCCCAAUUGCAAGUCCUACAACACCCGCCAAACUAGAGGAAGAUGAUUAGGCAAGAGCAACACAAUUGGCAUUGAUAACGAGAACCAAAGAUCUCUUGCACAUGAUAGAGACAGUGAUAUGAGAGGUACCAUGGUUGUGGAGUUUCGUACGAACUAGCUCAGCCUCAGUGACGAUGAAAGAUGAGUGGAGAAUAUUGCGUCCCUGCACCUGGUGCUGUCGGGGUUCCUCAACAAUCACAUUGCUUGCAUUCUUUUUUCUCUUUUUUUCUUUUUCCUCUCUUGCAUGUUGUUUGUUUGGUUCCACCAUCCAUGUUCUGAAUAAAAUGUGCACUUGUACUGUCGAGGUUCAAUAACAUGGAAAAAAGCAGUAGUUUGGGCACAAUCCUGGAAUGGUAGUUUACUAUCACUAUGAUUGAUACAUAAUAGGUGUGGUAUGAUGGCUCCCAUAGAAGGACCUGCCAAUAAGACAAUCUAGUAAUUUAGACGCCAAGAUCUUACGAAUUAGAAUGGAACAAUGCCACGGAUGAAAUGUCGAGAUUUUGCUUUCAGCAUCCGGCUAGGUCCCCUUUGUAAUGAAUGUUGG